CUCAAUUUAUUUUAUGGAAGAGAAAUUUGUCAAUAAGAUAGUGAGAGGGAGGAGAUAAAUUCCAGAUUUGAUAUUUCUUCAAUUUCAAGUCUGAAAGCUCUGCUUUCUCAUGAAACCCUGUUAUUUCCUUUUUUCUUCUGCAUCUAAACGUUAAAACUAGAAUGUGGUAAAUGCCUGAAACCUUCCCUGGGUUUCUGACAAUAUCUGAAGCCUCCCUGAACUUUGAGGACUCCCCUGACUUUAACUCUUGGGGGUAAAUAGGCUUAUAGACCCGUUCCGUUACUGUGACGUUAGCAAACCUAACCGAACCGAAAUUGCUGACGAUAAAAUGCCAAAUUUGGCCAUGGAUGAGAAUCGUGAGGAGACGAGCAUCGCCGCGACUCUCUCUCUCUCUCGCUCGCUCGCUCGGUCCUCACACUGCCAAUACAGUAAUCCCUAAUCCAGAAUCGACGUUCCUCUUGUUUAAUCUUCCAUCAAAAUGGAACAAGCCCGAUUCGUCAUCGAAUCGGCCGAUGUCGAAUCAAUGGCGAAAGAAUCAGGGCUCUCACUGCUGCAACUCCUUACGUCGUUGGUCAAAUCCACACAAGACCUAGCGAGGCCCCCCAUCUCCAAAUACCAUGUCGGAGCAGUCGGAUUAGGAUCCGACGGUCGAGUCUUCUUGGGAGUGAACCUCGAAUUCCCUGGGCUCCCUCUCCACCACUCCGUUCACGCCGAGCAAUUCCUGAUAACUAACGCAGCCAUCCACGGCAGCACCCGGCUCCGAUACAUCGCCGUCUCAUCGGCCCCGUGCGGCCACUGCCGUCAAUUCAUGCAAGAAAUACGUGGAGCCUCCGACAUCAACAUCCUUGUCACGUCGACGGAAAACGAGGGAGACAACCGGGAAGACGUCGCGUUUCGGCCGAUGUCCCAUUUCCUGCCCCAGAGAUUCGGACCCGACGAUCUGCUGAACAAGGAUGUGCCGUUGCUUUUAGAGCCCCAUCACAACGGCCUGACUUUCAGUGACGACCACGACGAGAUUAAUGGUGAGGCCAAUCGGUGCUACAGUAACGACAGCGUUGUAGCGGAUUAUAACAAGCUAAAGUAUGCCGCACUCGAAGCGGCGAACAAAUCCCACGCGCCGUACAGUGGAUGUCCAUCUGGGGUGGCCCUUAUGGACAUGGAAGGGAAGAUCUACAAAGGGUCGUAUGCGGAAUCGGCAGCGUAUAAUCCAAGCCUGGGGCCAGUUCAGGCAGCGCUGGUGGUGUAUGUGGCGGCCGGCGGUGGCGGUUAUGAGAAGAUUGUGGCAGGGGCGCUGGUGGAGAAGGAAGGAGCAGUGGUGGGCCAAGAAGGCACGGCACGGCUGUUGCUGCAGUCAGUAUCGCCACGAUGUGAUUUUGUAGUGUUCCAUUGCAAUUCGGCUUCCUCUACAUGUAAAAAGCCCUGUUAAUAACAUUGAUUUGGAGGAUGACGACUGAAAUUGAUGUACAAAAGAUAUAGAUUUUAAUAGGGGCAGAACGGUUAGUUUAACUCUCUCUCUCUAUCUCCCCUUAAAAGUGAGGGAAAGGGUUUAGAAGUCCAUUUAACCCCCAAAAAUCAGGGGAGUUUUUUGGGUUGGGUCAAAGUACAGAGGAGGUUGGGGAGGUUCAAGGCAUUGUCAAAAUUCCAGGGCAGGUUUAAGGCAUUAAAAUUUUUUGCAUUGUUUUUCUUCUCUUAUUCGAUUGUUGUCAAUUGUCAUAUUAUAUGAUUUGUAGUAUUUUUAGACACUAGAUGAUAGAAAUGAGGCAGUUAUUUUGAUUGUUGUCUAUAAAUUCCACAUGAUUUCGCCAUUCUGAUUAUGGAAAUGAGGUUCAAGUACUGAUUUCAUUUCUAAUUCUUCUUUCAAGUAACGGAAAAUGGCUUCUUUUGAGGUUCAACUUCCAGUGAUGAUAUCAUGUAUCUUCUAUGACUGUCUAAUUUAUGGGUUCUUGUAUUA